GUCUAGUCUAGUAUAUAACUUCAAACACAGAACAGAGCUUCUCAGUACAAGCUCGUCAUUUGUUAGGAGCGAAUAGGAAUCUUUCAUCAUGCCAGUUCAAAAGAAGACUCCUGACUUUGCCGAACUUAACGAACUUGCUUCAGAACGGAAUGGCGCAAGAAUACUUUUCGCCACAGACGAUUGGUUCGCUGUUGCCGAGAAUCUACUCAAGGAUGAGGAUUCAGUAUGGAAAGAUAAUUUGUAUACGACAUACGGAAAGUGGAUGGACGGCUGGGAAACCCGAAGGAAAAGAAUUGCUGGUCAUGACUGGGCAGUAAUUGCUUUGGGUCGACCUUCUGUUAUCAAAGGUGUUUGCGUAGAUACUGCUUUCUUUACUGGCAAUUACGCACCAAGAUUUUCCAUUCAAGCCGCACGCUUAUCGCCUACAGAUGAAAGUGCCUUCCCCAAGCGAAUUUCUCAGAUCGGUUCUGCGCCAAGCGAUGAAGACCUUGAAACCGUGGCUCAAGUUAAAACUGAGGAAUGGACGACUCUUGUCUCAAUGACUGAAUUACAACCCGGUUAUCCAGAGACGAGCAAAAAUUACGUUGCAGUCUCAUCCGAUGAAAAAUGGACUCACUUGAGACUCAACAUUUUUCCUGAUGGUGGAAUUGCGAGAUUACGAGUUUAUGGUUUCGCCCAACCUGAUUGGAACAGUUUGAAAUCUGAAUCAUUGAUUGAUCUUUUAUCAGUUGAAAAUGGGGGAAUCUGUGUGGGAUUCAGUAACGCCCAUUAUGGCCACCCAAGGAAUUUAAUUAAACCUGGGAGAGGUGUUAACAUGGGCGAUGGUUGGGAAACUGCCCGAAAACUUGACAGGCCUCCUGUCAUCGAAAUCGAUGAGAAGGGGAUGCUCCAGUUUUAUGGAAAUGAGUGGGCCUUGUUCAAAUUGGGACACAUCGCAGAAGUAUCAUCGAUUCGUAUUGAUACAAUCCAUUUCAAGGGUAAUUACCCCCAUAACGUACAAAUCGAAGGAACUUUAGUGUCUCAUGGGAAAAAUCUUAAGAACGCCACUUGGAGAUGUAUAUUGCCCCCUAAAAAGCUUUCACCAGAUAAGGAGCAUGAUUUUGGAUCAGAUGAAAUUACCAAUUCAGGUCCGAUCAACUAUGUCAGAGUAACAAUCGCCCCUGACGGUGGAAUCUCGAGGGUAAGAUUAAUGGGAUAUGUUCGUCGAUACCAUAAAAAAGAAAGUCAGGUUUUCUGCGAUAAGAGCCGCACAGUGCGGUUAAGGCUUCAAAAUGGCGGAAAUUAAUGGAUCGUAACUCUUGAUACGAAACUUCCAUAACCGUAUAUUUCCAAAACCUCCAUAUUGAGAAAUAAGGGACUGAACCGACUUAAGCUUCACCAAAAGCUGGAAACUAUCAUAAGCUCUGACAAUAACCUAUUCAGAUUGUACAUAUCUGAAAAGCUUUUCUGCAAUGAAGUACCAUAUACCACUCGUAUGUGGGAAUAAAGAACGACUGAUGGAAUGAAAAUGUAAUUAUUAUUUCGGAAUCAAGUAUGACUCAAAUGGCUAAAUUUGUUGACAUUUUUACUGCCAAUUGUACAUAAUAAUUUUAAUUAACUGUAAAAAAUAAGCGACUAGGCUAAAAACAUUAGGACUGAUUCCAGAAAAUUGUUGUCGGAAGAUGAGAAUUUUCACUUAGGCUUUUAUUUGUAUUUAUGUUUGGUAGAUAUAAGAAAUAAUUAUUAUACACUCGGUAUUCUAUAUGUAUUAUUUUUGUUGAAUUUAGAAAUAAAUUUCAACAUAAGUGGUAAUGACUGAUAUUUAUUAUAUAUAGCUGCCAGUUUUUGAUUUUCUAAUUUAAAAAAAUCUUUCUUUUAAUUAUUUUCUUCUGUAUUAUGUAGAAACGAGUCACGGCAUAUCAUUGAAAUGC